GAUGACAACCUGGGAUAGCUCCAAGGUACAGAAGCGAUAAGGGAAGCGACGUCCGAUUAACGGUCAUGUGAUUUUGUGGCGUUUACGUAUUUCGACGUUUUGAACGGUGAGGAAUGUUUUUUGACUCGUUGAAAAUACGUUUUCGCUUUCAUCUGAAACUGUAUGUUUGCACUGUCAUAUUUGCAGUAUUAUAUUUGGUAUGAAUCAUUGAUUGCGAUUUCUUGGAGCAAUUCACACACGACUCAGGAUAUCAACUUGCGAUUGUAUACCUCUACCGAGACAUCGCAUAUGACUUUACGUUGACCGCGAGUUGGAACAAUCACCUCACACAACAAGUGCCUUCCAAAACAAACUAUUACAUCAUAUAACCUUUUUUUCAAACAGAAAGCUGUGCCGUAUUAUACCAAAUGAAGCCUUGCAAUAUAUCGUGAUGGGACAGCUCGGCGACCUAUCGCCUGGGGGAAGUGUGGCUGUAAGUCAAUGUCUCCCGUCCUCGAAAUAGUUCUAUGAUUCGUCGUACAGAUCUCUAACUACCAGUUCUAUAUAUCGACAGGUUGGAAUAUUAGUAGGGCUCAUAUCCACGAGCGUUCAAAGCCUCGGCUUGACUCUUCAACGCAAAUCACAUAUUUUAGAGGACGAGAAAGGGGCACAUCAUAUUCGAAGACCACCGUAUAGAAGGAGGAGAUGGCAGUUGGGCAUGGGCAUGUUUAUUAUAUCGAACCUUGUGGGUAGUACGAUCCAAAUAACAACUUUACCUCUUCCUGUAUUGUCAACUCUACAAGCUUCGGGUCUGGUCUUCAAUUCCAUCUGCGCCACUUUGAUAUUGGGGGAACCAUUUACAAGAUGGUCUUUGGGAGGGACAUUAUUGGUUUCGACAGGGGCGAUACUGAUUGCCAUAUUUGGUGCUAUUCCGGAGCCGGCUCAUACGCUUGAUCAACUGCUAUUACUUCUCGGACGACGGACCUUUCUUAUUUGGAUGAUAAUGCAAGCAUUGUUAGUUGCAGGAAUAGUCGUUCUUGCAUGGUUUCUAGGAAGGGUUCCAAAGAUUUCUGCAAGUCCUCGAAUCCGACUCCUCAGAGGAUUGGCAUAUGGGUGUAUCAGUGGAGUUUUGUCAGCCCAUUCAUUACUGGUAGCCAAAUCAGCAGUUGAGCUUCUGGUACGGACGAUCAUCGAUCGACACAACCAAUUCGAUCGGUGGCAAUCAUGGGCUAUUGUUUUUAGUCUCGUUUUCCUAGCCCUCACGCAACUAUACUUCUUACAUCGCGGUCUCAAAUUAGUAUCCACCAGUGUCCUUUAUCCACUUGUAUUUUGCGUCUACAACAUUAUAGCCAUCUUGGAUGGCCUCAUAUACUUCAAGCAAACCGAUCGAUUGUCAACUUUCCAUGCAGGUCUCAUUGCCCUCGGAACAGCAAUAUUACUCUCGGGCGUCCUGGCCCUCUCCUGGCGUCUCAACGAAGAACAAACUCAACCAGCCGUAGCCCAAAGUGCGCUAGCCCCCGGCUUGGGCUUAGUUGAAGAUACUGACAACGAUUCCUCAGAAUCCUAUGUCGCUGAUGAAGAAGCAGCCAUCGGGGCCGAGGAUCAAGCCCUUCUAAAUGGCGAACCCAUGACCCCUACCACCAAACUCGAUACAAUUAUCGGAGCUACAAGGCAUGUUAGAAAAGCAGUCCGCCUCUCAGAAGUGGAUGAGAUUUGGGGAGAAUUAGAAGAUGAUGAUGCGAUUUCUUCGCCUACGAGAGCAAAUAGACCAAGACCAGAUUCAGCAUCUACAUUCCCGAGAUCGUCAAUAUACGACGAAGAAGCGGGCUCCCCAUUUCCGGAUGAAAAUACAUCACUUCUCCACCGCCAAGUAUCACUAUCCCGUCGACGUCGGAGACGCUCAACAGGUUUCCCAGGCUUCACAGCCCGUCCUACACCUCGUAAACGUCGCUCCACGAGAUCAGAACUUCGAGAUGCAACAGGCGGCUGGUGGAAAAUGAGGUGGUGGAGGGAUAGAGAUAGAGAUUAUGAAGGGGAUAAUGGAAAAGGACCUGGUCCUCCUUAUGCAGGUGAUGGAAGUUCAGGUACAGGAUUGGGUAUUGGAGGUAUAGGAGGAUCCGACGCUGGUCCAUCUGAUAUGAGUACUUAGUAACACCUAUUAUAUACAAAUACUGCAUUUCCUACAUUUUCGGUUUUGAAAUUUCCUACCUAACCUCCUAAGCUGUUGGGAUUGGUACAUAAGAGAGAUUGUUUUUAUAUGGUUUUUAUUAUACAUUGAUUAAAUUCAUGGUUUUAUUUCUUGUUCUUGCUCCUGUCUGUUCCUUUCUUUUGUUGAACUUGUUUGUUUAUUAGCAUGCGAGGCGUUUAGAGGAUGUAUAUCACAUCGCAUCGCAUAUUGUAUAUUGCACAUCUGAGAGUAUUAGCAUGGAUGAUUAUAUAAGAAUGAACGAAUUGAAAUCGAGAAUAGAAUGAGAAAGGAAAGAUUAUAAUUGUGAUUGUGAUUUAAAAUCUUGAAUAUUUAAAUGUUAAAGUAAGGAAAGAGUAAAGAAAGAGUAGAAAAAAAUAUAUAUAUAAUAAAGAUUCUAUUUAUUUAUUAAAUCAAAUCAAAUCCGUUCAAAUUUAUUUAAAUUAAAAUUAUAAAAAUUUUUA